AUGGCGUCUGUCAACUGCACACGGUGCCUGACGCGGCCAACCUCCGGCCUGCGCCUGGCGGACCGCAUUACCCCCAUCAUCACAUGGACCGCCCCCUUCACGACGACAACAGCCGCGGCCGCCGGGCCGUCCAAGGUUGUCGGCAAUAAGCCUCGCCAGGUGAUCGGAAAACAUAUCCGCAAGGGCAAGGUUGGCCAGAAUUCCAAGAAGAAGCGCGAGCUCAGCAACAACAACGCCGCAGUCGUCCCAGGCUUGCCCGUCGCCGAUGCCUCCGCCAUGGUCAGCAAGGAAAACCUCGGUCGCAUCAUCGGCAUGCCCGACAAGCUCAUCGACCAGCUGCGCGCCCUCGAAUCGUUCAAGACUACGCAGAACUGGGGCCUGUUCCGCAAGCCGCACAUGCUCGUCAGGAAGGAGACGGUGCAGAUGAUGGAGAGGUUGAACGAGGCGGCGGCGGAAAAGCAGACGCUGAGCACCGUCUUGACGGGUGAGCGCAUCUCGGGCAAGAGCUUGCUGUUGAUGCAAGCCAUGUCCUACGCCCUUCUCAACAACUGGGUCGUCAUCCACAUCCCCGAAGGCGAGUACUCCAACCCCCCCCCUUCUCUCUUUCUGUUUGGAAUAUCUACUGACAGCUCAACAGCCCAAGACCUCACCAAUGCGCAUACUGAGUACUCGCCCGUGCCUCAGACAACCCCUGUCGAGUUCACUCAACCCGUCUACUGCUUCCACCUUCUACAGACGAUCAUCAAGGCAAACCACGACAUCCUCGCCCAGUACAAGGCCUCGAAGAACUAUAGCCACCUGCAGCUCCUCCAUCUCCCUGAGGACCCCACGCUCGCCGACCUCAUCACUGCUGCGAAGGAGCCUGAUUACGCCUGGCCCGUCCUCAAGGCCCUCUGGUACGAGCUGACUGCCGUCCCUGGCCGCCCGCCCGUCCUCCUCGGCCUCGACGGCCUCUCCCACAUUAUGAAGAUCAGCGAAUACCGCGACCCGUCCUUCAACCUCGUCCACUCUCACGAUCUGACCCUCGUCCGCCUCUUCACUGACGCUCUCUCGGGCAAGACUCCCUUCGUCAACGGCGGCGCACCGCCGCCGGCAAACACUUUGCCCACGGCAGACCCCUACCGCAAGGACUAUGAUGCUCGCGUGCACGAGGUCCUCGAAAAGGUCGACGUCUUCCACGUCGAUAACGUCUCCAAGGCCGAGGCCCGUGCCGUCAUGGAGUAUUGGGCCGCCAGCGGCAUGCUGCGGUCUCUCGUCAACGAGACGACCGUCACGGAGAAGUGGACGCUCGGUGGCCAGGGCGUCAUCGGAGAGAUUGAGCGUGCCGCGCUGCUGCAUUCGCGCAUUUAG